UCCUAGGAUUUUCGGUGUUUGUUCUCCUGCAAUGUGUUACGCUAGGACCAGUUUAUUUUCCCAUAGAGACAAACAUGGCAGACGAUCAGAAUACAGCAGGUUCAGUCGCCGGAGAUGCACUUACAGAUCAACAAAGUAGUACACCUUUACCAUCAGGCGUGCCAGAAAAUGUACAGAAAAUCAUAACUAGUGAAAAAGAAUUACAAGAGAAUCCAUCAAAAAGACCUAGGGUUGACUUGCAGUCAUUGCCAACGAGGGCCUAUCUAGACCAAACAGUGGUUCCUAUAUUAUUAAAUGGAAUGUCUGUUCUGGCAAAAGAAAGACCACCAAAUGCUAUAGAAUUCUUGGCAGCAUAUUUACUGAAGAAUAAGAACCAGUUUGAAUAGCAACUUAGGAAUCAUCUUCUUUUGUAAUAACUUCAUCUGCAAUAGACAGGAAUAUAUAAAAUUUCAUCAUGUUUUUAAAUUCAUAUUAAAUGUAAAACCAUUCAAA